AAAAUGAAGAUUCUGUGACGAUUUUACUUUGUAUACUAAUGGAACUCCGUUAUUUACUAUUUAAGGUUUUUGAUAGAAAAAGACAUAUUUAAAAUGUCCUAUUUGACUUUUGUUGAAAAAGAAAAGGAAUUCAUGAAGUGCGCGUUAUAUUGUUAAUUUAUAAAUGAACAAGAAACACUGAAUCAAGACUGAAAAAAGCUCUCUAACUACUAUAUUUUCUCCCCAAAAAAACCGACAGAAUCCACCGAAAAAAUGUUAGCCCUGAACAUUUUAUUUACACAUUGCCGAAGCAAUAUGUAUUUAAUAAUAGGGAUCUGUCUCGGUCUCUCCGUGAGUCUCUUAUUCGCCCCAGUCGAAAUUAACGACUGUGAGGACCUAUCAGAUCCCCUACCAUAUCCUUCAAGCGGACAAGAUUACCUGGACGAAUACGAGCCGAAAAUAAACAUCAAAGAAAAGCCCCAGCAGGCUCAAAAAACACCAAAAGCCUUUGUCCGGCCCAGAUAUUAUUCCACAGAGUUGGGAAUAAGGGAGAAAUUAUUCGUCGGUAUUUUAACAAACCGGGAAUCUCUCCACAGCCGAGGCGUUGCUUUGAACAAAACAAUUUCCCAUCUUGUCGAUAAGGUGCGAUUUUUCAUUUCCAUUCCCGAAGGAACGAAACCGAACGUCUCCUUGCCCGGAAUUGUGGGCUUCACUGACACCAGGAAUAUUUUGAAACCCUUUCAUGUCAUGAAGUAUAUCAGUGACAAUUAUUUGGAGGAUUAUGAUUACUAUUUUUUGGUCAAGGACUCUGGAUUUGUUAAUGCGAGGAGGCUGAAGGAUUUGGUGGAGAAAUUGAGUGUCAGUGCGGACAUUCAUCUGGGAGUUAAUAGCGAAGUUGAAAAUUAUUGCUCACUAGAUGCAGGAAUAUUGUUGAGUAAUUCAGUAGUAAAGGAGCUGAAAAAGAAUUUAGACUGGUGUGUGAAAAACAUAUAUUCAGAUGCGGACGAUGUAAAUUUUGGAAGAUGUAUUUUACACGCAAUUCCAGUUCCUUGUUCGAAUUCUGCGCAGGGAAAAAAAUUCAUAUCGACGAUUCUGCCCGCUAGUUUUAAUUUUGAUGCAGAUUUUUUGGAAUAUACGCAACAAAAGGACUUUGUUAAUUCAAUUUCAGUGUUUCCCACUGAUGAUCACAGUAUUGUUUAUAAAAUGAACGCUUAUUUCACAUCGAUCGAAUUAUCAGCAGUACAAAAAGAAAUCCUCGAGCUCAGAAAAGAUAUUUUAAAAACAGCAAAUUUCGGACCAAAAAAUCAACGCAAUGUUUCCUGGCCAGUUGGUAAUCAGCCAGGAAACAAAGCACCAGGUCGUUUUGAUAUUUUGCACUGGACCUAUUUUAAUGAAACUCACGCAUUUCUCGAAAAUGAUUUCGAAACUCUCCGCGAAUUAAAAGGCAGCGCGAAAGACGAGAUUUUUCAGAUUUUAAACUUUGCAGUGGGAAAAGUAAUUGGUGACUCGGAGGGGAAAUUAAGGUUCAAAAACUUAAUAAAUGGCUACAAAAAAUUCGAUGCUUCAAGAGGAAUGGACUAUGUCCUGGACCUGAAUUUUCUUUCCGAUUCGGGACGAGAAAUUAAGAAAAGAAUCGAAAUCUGCAAGCCUUUAGGAAAAGUGGAAAUUCUUCCGGUGCCUUAUGUUACGGAAAAUUCGAGAAUUAAUAUGAUUCUGAUUGUAGAUUCGAUGAGGAAGAAGGAAACGAUGAAAUUUUUGGAAGACUAUGCGCAAACUUGUUUGGAAAAGAAGGAGAAAAUUGUUUUAAUGAUGGUUUUACUCUACGAACCAAAUUCGCCAUCAAAAGGAAGCGAAGACACCUAUUUCGAAUUAAAACAAUACGCUUUAUCCUUGACUGAAAAAUACAAAAAGGACCAAGCAAAAGUAACUUGGCUCUCGAUUCGAUUGCCAGUUUCCUUCACUUUAAUAGAAACCGAACCUCUUCUCAAAAUAGCGAUUGCUGAUUUGAGCGUGAGGAAAUUUUCUCCCGAAAGUUUAAUUCUCUUUGUCGAAAUCGGGAUGGAAAUUAGAACUGAUUAUCUCAAUCGGGUAAGAAUGAAUACGAUAAACCAAUGGCAAGUUUUCAGUCCAAUUCCCUUUGUCGAAUUUCAUCCAGAUAUUAUCUACAAAGACAAUAAAAUCACAGAAUUCGAUGUCGUUCGAAAUUUGGGCCGAUACGAUGAAUACAAUUUUAAUUCUGUCGCCUUUUACGCCAAAGAUUAUAUAAAUACACGAAAAAAAAUAGAGGGUAAAAUUCUGGUUGUAAGAACCGACAAGGACAUUUCGACAAUUUUGAAAAUUAAAAAUUCGACAGGGUCGAUUUUUGAGAUGUUUGUAGCUUUUAGCGAAUUACAUUCGUUCCGAGCAGUCGAGCCAGCUUUGAAAGUGAGAUACAAAGAAAUAAAUUGUAACGGAACGAGCAACGAAGACAUUUUCAAAAAGUGCAAAAAACAACGAAAUUUGCAGCUGGGUCGUCGUGGCGAGUUGACCAAAUUAAUUCUAGAAUACCAAAGUGAAUUGUGAAUUUAUUUGUUAGGAUUUAUGCUCCAAGUGUUUAAAAAUAAAAAAAAA